AAUACGUUUUAGACCAACCCGGAAGUUUACGCCUUCUCGUUCUCAAAUAACCCGGAAGUGGCGGCUGGUUUCAAUGUCCCUGUUUUCGCUCUUCAGACUGUCUAAAUCCCGGCGUUUCUGUUCGUCUUCAGAAUUUGAGGCAAUUGAACUUAUCGAGUAGCGAGAAGCCAGUCUGCAUCAUGUUCCUCACCAUGGCGCUGCUGCGGAAGGGCAUCCCCGGGAAGCAGUGGAUCGGAAAGUACCGGCGUCCGCGUCCCAUCACAUGGCAGAUGAAGCGCAACACAGUGAAGCACCUGGAGCGCGAGGCCGCUAAUGAAUACUGGCUCAGCCGGCCUUACAUGACCGAGGAGCAGGAUUGUGGCCACGCUGCCGAGCGCAGAGCGCAAAAGUGGCUCCAGUUAAAGGAUGCAAAGUUCCGCAAUUUUCCCCAACACAAGAGCAUCACCGAUCACCUCAGCCACCUCCGGAUCUCCAAGACGUGGUCAAGUUAACGCUUUGGUUUGGCCUUUAAAGACUUUUAUUUAUGUAGGUGUUGAUUGACUGCAAAGCUCACUCUUGUAUUCCAUCUCACUAUGAAUGGAAACGAUGUAAUACAUUGCAUGAAUCCAUUCCAAGCUGUCAGGACUUUUCCCACAUAUUUCAUUAAUCAUUUAUAUUAAAAUCAACUCAUUUGCAUCAGCUA